UCCUCCUGGGGGGCGGUGGCCUCGCAGUGCGGGGCUGUGUGCGGCCCGGCAUGUCGGCGCUGGAGUGGUUCGCGCACAAGCCCCUGGGCGGCGGCAUCUACUGGAUCCAGGAGCGGUUCUACGAGUCCGGCAACCGAGCCAACAUCUGGCUGGUGCGGGGCUCGGAGCGCGACGUGGUGAUAGACACCGGCCUGGGGCUGCGCAGCCUGCCCGACUACCUCCACUCGGCAGGGCUGCUGGGGCCGGGCGCCGGGCCCGGGGAGGCGGAGGCGGCGGGCGGGGGCAGGAGGCCGCUGCUGGCCGUGGCCACCCAUGUACACUUCGAUCACGCGGGCGGGCUGCACCAGUUCGACGAGGUGGCGGUGCACAGCGCCGAGGCGGGCGCGCUGCUCCGCGGGGACAACUACGAGACUGUCACCUGGCUGUCGGAUAGCGAGGUGGUGCGGCCGCCUAGCCCCGGCUGGAGCGCCCGGCAGUUCCGAGUGCAGCCCGUGCAGCCCACCCACAUCCUACAGGAGGGGGACGUAAUCAACCUUGGUGACCGACAACUGACUGUCAUGCAUAUGCCUGGUCAUUCAAGAGGAAGUAUUUGCUUACACGACAGAGAUCAGAAGAUAUUGUUCAGCGGAGAUGUUGUUUAUGAUGGAUCGAUGAUUGACUGGCUUCCCUACAGCAAGAUAAGUGAUUAUGUCACAAGUUGUGAGCGUCUUAUAGAAUUAGUGGACAGAGGUCUUGUGGAGAAGGUGCUUCCAGGGCAUUUUAACACCUUUGGAGCUGAAAGGCUAUAUCGUUUAGCUUCCAACUACAUUUCAAAAGCUGGAGUUUGUCACAAAGUUUCUACCUGUGCCAUGAGGUCCAUUGCAAGUUUAGCUCUUCGUGUGACAAAUUCUAGAGUCACCUCUUAGUGUCGGUUGUUUUUGUCAAUAUCAAACCAAACUAUUGUAAAACCAAAUGGCUUGUGAGCUAGUGUUGAUAGAAAGCAAACAAAAGCAGUGUGUGUUAUUAAAGAAAAAGCAGACUGAUAAUGAAUGAGUCAUAAAGAUUCUUAUUUUUGCUUGCUUUUUUAUUUUAUAAAAUUAACUUCAGCUAUAGCUAUGCAAAAGCUACUAUCUAUCUUUUCUUUCUGUUUUUCAAGGCAUGUUUGCACAUGAUUUAUGAAUGCCAUUAGACUGCAGUUUGAAAUAUAUUGUUUUAUUUUUGAUAUUAUUCUGAUGGAUAUGUAUGAUAUGCCAAAAUGAAAAGUUUGACAUUUAUGCCUGAAACUGUUUUUAUGUGAUGUUAGGUUAAAGGCUCAAUUUGUGUUUAAAGUGUAUUUUUAAAAUGGCUGAAAUGUAAUUUAGCUGUUAGUGCUAUAUUUGAAAAGAUAGCUGUAACAUUCCAUUGUCCUAUUAUAAAUACUGAAUUCAACGUCCAGUACAUUGUUUAUUACUUUUAAGUGAAUGUAACUUGAACUGUUUACUAUUUGUUUAUAAACUAUUUCAGUACAUAUUGUUGCUUUUUGAAGAAGUAAAGUGCAUUACUUUUGAGUCUGUUGUUCCUAAAACAGAUUAAAUGCAUCCAUGAAAAUUG